AUGACGACCGUCGUCAAUACCUACGCCAUUAGUAUCGAGCGCUUUCGGGCGAAAACCGUGCAUGUACCGGUCGCACUGGGCGGCACUACUUCUAGUGGAAGCUCCGGUAUCGGUGGUGGUAGCGGCAGUAGCAGUAGCAGUCUGCUCUCCGGCAGUGGCGAUGCAGCUGCCACCGGGUCCCCUCCGACGGACUUUGCGGCGGAUGAUCGGAUCGAAAUUGAACCCGGAAUGACGUUACAGAUUGUUGAGCAACCAUCGAGCAAGAUCGCACUGAUCAGGAUCAAAGAUUUCCACGAUACAUCCUCCUCCGCACCCACGGCCGGCGAUGGUGGCAGUCAGCAGCAACAACAGCCGGCUGGGCCGAGAUCGGCCACGUACGAGAACCGCAUUUUUCAGUGUCAGGCUGCCCAUCUGCAGCGUGUUCCGUCGGAUAUUUGGCCGUACAUGAUAGCGAUACUGGAUCCGCAGGAGCGGUGCGAGUUCGCGAAGCGACCGAAACUGUUUGCCUCGGUCACGCAGCUCAGUGUCGGCGACAUUGUACUUGUGUCCUGGUUGGCAAAGAAUCGGCAUGUAACCUACGAUUGCAUCAUACGCUACAUCGGUACGGUGCCAAAGAUUGGCCCAGGUUACUACUUCGGACUCGAGCUACUGAGUUUAGAGAAUGGCGAGUCGCCCCAGAAGGACGACAUUGAUUUCGUGUCCGAGUACAUGAACUGUGAGCCACGUCUGGCACUAAUCGUCGCUGCGAACUGGCUCAAGUUUCCUGAACUCGACCAGCAAGCCGGUAAGCAGCACCAUCACAAGCGCAACCUUCUGGACAGUUUGGUGUGCGGCGCAAAGGAUCUCAACAAUCGGUUGUCGCGCCGGGGUGCCAAUAAGAACCACGCGUCGGACGAUUCCAGUAAAAGCUUUGGCCGCGGGGCCGCGAAGGUGCUAAACAGCGACCAUCAGCAGCCUUACGCCCGUUCCUACACGCCCGAUCUGACGAGCACUGGGUCCGGCGCGGCAGGAGUCGGAGGAGUCUCGAGCCGCAAGUCGACCGAUAUCGUAGCGCUGCACGAGAGCUUUAGCUGUCUGCAGAUGGACCCAAGCUCGAAGGCGAUGCACAAGAAGAUGGCAGCCUCCAUAUCGAGCCCGAAUUUAUCGAAGCAGGACAGCAGCAGCAGCACCGGAAGCUCCAGUCGGUACGCCAACAGUCAUCAUCCGAUGGAUGGAUACGCUGACGAGUAUCAUCGUUUCGUGGAACACGGUCACCAGCAUGGGCACGCGCACGCUCACCACCCGGUCGAUGAAGCGUCGUACCGCAGUUCGGGACGAAGUUCCCAAAACAGUUCCGCUAGUAGCACCUUAAAACACUCGAAGGCUCGGGUUAGCAAAGUGCGAUCAAGUGGCUCCAACUCGUCGGUGAACAGUGCCAACCAGUAUCAUCCGGUGAGUAAGCAAAGCACCAUUCUAAGCCUCCCCGAUCGCGACGUGGUGGUGAUCGAUUCGAACGAGAUCGACGAAGCGAUCAAGAGUGCCAGUGACGUGAUCGUGGUCGAUCCCCCGCCCGUUAUCAGUCCUACGGAUACGCGCGAGGUCGAGUUGAUGGAUCUGCUGAGCAGCAGCAGCUGGCCGGCGGAAGCGGGCGAAGUGGCGGCCAUUCUGAACAGUACGGAUAAGAAAACGCAAACACCACCAUCGGCAUCGGCAUAUGGAAACGGGAAUUUGCUCAUCACCGGGGGUGGAACGACGGGAGGCUACACCAGUGGCAGCACUAGCAGCAAUAGUACGGCCAACAGUGGACACAGCUACCACAGCCACGGUAGUCACAAUGGUGGUCGGUACGCCGAUCGGAACAAGUCUCUCAAUCCGUUCAUGCACAUUGGACACUCCAAAGCAUCGGGCGAACUGUUGCUGCCAACUACGCGGAAAGUGCGGGCCGCAGUGGCGGACAACAAACCCCUCACGGUGGACGUGGCCACCAUGACGAAAAUCAACGAUGGCGGAGGUCCGGCAGGUGGUUACGCCGCAUCGAACGGUGGCCUUACGGUGGUCAGCGCGUCCACGGUGGGGCGCGAUAACAACAGUGACAACACGAUGACGCUUGGGAGUGGUACUGGUGGUCCACUGGCACGCGUCGGUUCUAUAUCACCCGAAUCGGACGGCGGUGGCUCGGCGUUGGCUAUUUCACCGUUGGUGGAACUACCAAAUGACCAUUCGCUCGGGGUCGGCUCGAUGGUGGAGGUUACGCUUGAGGACACCGUGACGACGACACCAGAGCCACUGUACUAUGGUGUGAUCCGUUGGAUCGGCCCCCUUCCGCCGACCAGUGGUGGAAACGGCCAGCGUAAAAUAAUGGUCGGUGUGGAGCUGGAAGACGAACCGAUCGAUCCAACGCUUGAAACGACCAACGGAACCCACAACGGCAUUAGAUUGUUUAAAUGUCCGGCCAAUCGGGCCAUCUUUGUGCACACGACCCAGUGCAGCCACGAUCGACGCUUCCAGGACAUUCCACCGAUGUCACCGUGCGCCUCGCGAGCAACGCAGGCCACCGCGGGUGGCGCCAAAUCGGCCACCGACACCACCAUGUUCGGGAAGGUUGACUGUCCAGUGGUGAAGGGCAGAGUGCCGCCUUUGAAAAUUCUAAAACUGGAGGAACUGGACGAAAUAUGUGGCAAGUUUAAGGGCAUUCAGGGGCACCACAACUCCUGCUACCUGGACGCGACACUUUUCGCGAUGUUCACCUUCACCAGUGUGUUCGAUUCGUUACUCUUUCGACCCAAGGAACCGGAGGAUAACCCACAGUACGAGGAGGUGCAGCGUGUGUUGCUCGAGGAGAUAGUGAACCCGCUGCGAAAGAACCAUUUCGUGCGGGCGGAUCGUGUGCUGAAGCUACGCCAACUGCUCGACCGGCUAAGCUCUGUCACGGGGCUGAUGAGCGAGGAAAAGGACCCAGAAGAGUUUCUCAACAGUUUAUUGGCGCAAAUUUUGCGUGCCGAUCCAUUUUUGAAGCUAAGUUCCGGACUAGAUACGUUCUACUAUCAGUUGUUUGUGGAAAAAGACGAACGGUUGAAUCUACCCUCGGUCCAGCAGCUUUUCGAGCAGAGCUUCCUAGCGUCCAACAUUAAGCUGAAGGAGGUGCCGUCUUGUUUGAUCAUUCAAAUGCCACGGUUCGGGAAGAACUUUAAAAUGUAUCCCCGGAUCCUGCCGUCCCAGGUGCUCGACGUUACGGAUAUCAUCGAGGACUCUCCACGACAAUGUUGGGUUUGCGGCAAGCUGGCCGAGUACGAGUGCCGCGAGUGUUUCGGCAAGAUGCAAUGCGAAGGCCUCGAGGGAACGGCAAUCUGUAAGAGCUGCAUCGAUAGUGUGCACAACCACAGCAAGCGACUCAACCACAAACCGGUUCCGCUGUCGGUGCCACAAGACUUCAUUCCGAUGGCACCGCACUGCGAGGUGCCCCGGCUCUACAUGGAGCUGUUUGCCGUCGUGUGCAUCGAAACGUCCCAUUACGUGGCGUUCGUGAAGGCUGCCUCCGGGCAGGAUGCGCCUUGGUGCUUCUUCGACUCGAUGGCUGACCGAAACGGAGAGCAAAAUGGCUACAACAUCCCAAAAAUGAUUCCCGUGCCGGAUCUGCCCCGCUGGCUAACGGAGGAAGGAUCGCGCGCACUGAACGAGGAAGCGAUCAACGACAAAAUGCUACCUGAACACGCCAAGCGGCUGCUGUGUGACGCAUACAUGUGCAUGUACCAGAGCACCGAUGUGAUGAUGUACCGAUAAUAAGGUUUCGUAUUUGCGGCCAAAGUUAACCAUCGGUUUGUACACACCACCCACGGUUCCGAACCUCCUCCAUGAUGUCGGUCAGCAACGAAUAGGCGAGAGCGCGCGAAGUAAGUAAUCGUAUCGAGUAGUAGCAGUCACGUAGAGUCCCGAUGGACGGACGAACAGCUCUUGUUGAUGAGUUUUGAAACAAAAGACACACAUUUUUGCGGCAUCGUAUUACGUACGAAGUAAUAUCUUCUUUCGGAUGUAUCCCCCGUAGCCCAAUCUACUACUACUUGUUGCUACUAAAGUAUGGUUCAAAACAUAACAAGGUGACACUCCGUUGGGCGGACGCCACCAAGUGUCUCUUUGUUGUUGCUGUGUGGCUUUUGAGAGUGGGCAAAGUAUUGUGUAAGUAAUAAAAACGAAACUGUGGAAGUGAAAAUGCAACUCACCAUUAUAGCGAGUAACAGAAAAAAACUAAAGAGAAUAUACUUAUACAUAUACACACAUAUAUAGAUAUAUAUAUAUAAAAUAGUAUAUAUAUUUAUACAUUAUACAAUUAAAAAAAUGAACCACUCGAGUCGGGAGGUAAAAGAAAUGGCAUUAGUUUUGGUAUAUACUUUAAAAGUAUACAAGAGAACCGAGUUUCAUAACUUGCUGCGUAACUAGCGAAACAGCCGAACGAAAAAUAAAAAUGUGGCAGAGGCAAGUCGGGCCAACAAAUAAAGGGCGCUACCCCGAACAAAACCCAAUACUGCUGAGCAACGCGCUAACGAAACCUAAUAGCAUAAUCAAUGAAGAGUUGAUUGAUAGUUUGUGAAACUCUAAACCUAAUCAUAUAGCAAUACUAGCAAUUUAAAGAACAACAAAAAUGCCGUGGUUCAUGAGCCUUGGGGGCCAAAUAAUGGCCAGCAAAGCAAACGCUGAGUUGCAAGAAUGUCUUUUUGGGUUCGCCAUACUACUGUGGUCAAAACAUUCGGGAGUUCGUUUAUAACUUGAAAAAUCUUUUUUUCAUCGCCACGAGGAAGUUGAAUCAAGAAUUGUCUCUCCACAAAUCCGAUCUUUUUUGGCCGGUUUGGCCGGUUUGGAAGAAGUUCAUGAUGCACCACACCACGCUAAUAAAAGAAAACUGUUUCCCGUAACUUUUUCGGUCACAGUAGUAUCUUCCGUUCCUGUUACCUUUCGACCGAUUGAGAGUGUCCUCUGCCGCGCAGAGAGGGAUGCACGGAAUUGCAAUGUUCAUGCUUCGGCGAAGCGCCGCGUUUGGAGUAAACACGGUUCCGUUUGGGACCUCCUUAGAAUCAGUUUCGGUGCAGAUUCCCGUAGCUCCUUUUUUGUGUCGUUCGUCCGAGUACAAAGUAAACAUACACAAAAAAGUUGCCAACAGGAGAUUCGAAUUUAAAACCAAAAUUGUUCCACACCCUAGAACCGUAGGAAGAAAGGACACAUCGAUAGCGACAUUUUAAAGGGGGGGAACCACCAUCAAAACGUGUAAUGUGUAAUUGACUGUUUGCGUACUAAAUGUCCGCGGUUGUUUAUUGGCGCAUUAGUUGCUUCUCUCGCCAACAUGCUGAUUUUAGGUCCGAACGAAACCAGAGAACUUACUGGUUUUCUGCGUAGAACUACACGGCGUAGCCCCGCAAGCGUAUUUAGUGUUUGCUGAUUGCUUCCUCUCUCAAGUGCUUUAGCUGUUUGUGGACAUUUAUAGGGUACACUUUUUAGAAAAGACGAUAGAAAACACAAAAACGACUCGUUUCGUUCCAUCUCGGACUGAGGGCGAGGUGUUUGUUAGUUUUUUCCACGGUCUUGCGCUUGCUGGACCGCGCAGCAUCAUUGGCCGUGUUGGCAAUCAGAUCAGUGAGCAAAAUUUGCGUAGGAUUAACACUAUUUAACAAAGCGUACCGUUUACUGUUAGUAUAUUGCUUUUCUAGUUCCACCUUUCUAAAUCUGGACGACAGAGGGAAAGUAAAGGGAAAGCGUUUUGGAGGCAAGUUUCUAAAGCCGCUUACGACCGGACAAGAGACAACGUGUGACGUGACGUGACGCGCGCACCACACGUGCAUGUUAGUAGUGACCCGCGGUGGUCAACACGCGAAGUACAAGUGAAAACAUUUGCAAUAUCCCCUGCAAUCCGGUACCCGCUGAAUGGCAACCAAUUUGUAAUUUGUAUACAUUAGAAGAAGAAAACUAACUUCAUCAAACUCAACCCUCGACUUUCUUACUAUACUAUAUACCCUCUUCGAUACCUGAGCAUCUAACGGAACAGACAUACUAUCGGAAACGACAGCGAACUAGGACGCAGGCGCGAUCACUCGACGAACGUAACCUUAUGGGUUGUGUAUGGUUCCGGACACGAAUGACAGAUUAUUGUUACAGUGAGGCGCUGAGAGGAGUCGAGAGUAGAGCUUGCACAGUGCCCACGGUGCCGGAAGCUAUUUAUGAGAUGGUAGUAGCCAAUUUGAGCAAAUAAAGUAGUAGUGAAUCAGUGGCAACAACACAAAAUCGACGGCCAAACCGACACACGCCCGACGAGAUGCGAUAUCGCGAAACUAAAUUGUUGUUGUAAACAACGAAACUCAAUAAAGAAAA